AUGUCAGCCGCCUUUCCGGGCCAUGAACGUGCUGAUUCCUCCGCCGUCCGCAACCCCGCAAUUCCUCAGAUGGAGCACGCUACACAGUCAAAAUCAGACCGGAGGCCUAUAGCAGGCAAUAAGGGGACCGUGGUGGCAACCGCCCAAGCAAACGCGGCAGAUGACGAGUUCCCAGGGACAUCAGGAGCGUCGUUGGGAUCAAGACAGGAUACUCGUGCGGAAGCAAAGGAGGUCAAUAGGCGGAGUUUGGAUUAUGUGCUACGGAGUGGGUGUGCGGGGGGCAUGGCGGGAUGUGCUGCAAAGACGGUGGUUGCGCCCUUGGACCGGGUGAAGAUCCUGUUCCAAGCGUCGAAUCCUCAAUAUGCGAAAUAUACCGGAAGCUGGUUUGGUCUUUCGUCGGCGAUGAGGGAUAUCUACCGAUUUGAAGGUUUACAGGGUCUUUUCAAGGGGCAUUCCGCGACUUUGCUUCGUAUCUUUCCUUAUGCCGCUAUCAAGUUCCUCGCCUAUGAACAGAUUCGUGCGGUUGUCAUCACAUCUCACGAGCAAGAAACGCCAUUUCGCCGGCUUAUCUCGGGGAGUAUGGCAGGGAUCACAUCAGUGUUUUUCACAUACCCGCUGGAAUUGAUCCGAGUACGAUUAGCCUUCGAGACGAAAAAAUCUUCACGAUCGUCCUUGAGCGAUACCUUUAGACAGAUCUAUAACGAACGGAUAUCACCGCCUUCCACACCAGGCAAACCAAAUGUGACAGUAUCUUCCGCCCCGGUGACGGCGACGGCACAGACGAUGUCCUCGACUGUGAACAAGGUGGUCCCGAGCUCUGGCUUGGCUAACUUUUAUCGUGGAUUCUCGCCAACCAUGCUCGGAAUGCUCCCGUAUGCAGGCAUGUCCUUCCUUACGCACGACACGGUGGGCGACUGGCUUCGCCUACCAGGCAUCGCUCGUUACACCACGAUACCCGGGUCUGAAGGUAAGACCAAGAAGGGCACUCGACGGCCACAAUUGACGGCCGCCGCGGAGCUUUUAUCUGGCGCCCUUGCAGGUCUUGUAUCCCAGACGUCCUCGUAUCCUCUCGAAGUGAUUCGACGACGAAUGCAGGUCGGAGGCGCCGUGGGAGAUGGACACCGGCUGGGAAUUGCUGAAACCAUCCGCAAGAUCUGGAUGGAAAGCGGAUCUCGUGGGUUCUUCGUUGGGUUAACGAUUGGGUAUAUCAAGGUUGUGCCCUUAGCUGCCACGAGUUUCUUUGCUUAUGAGCGGUUCAAGUGGUGGCUGGGUAUUUAA